AUGGCGAUGCUUAUCCAGGUGGCGACUUUCUUGCAAGAAUACCUGUAUGAAUCUGGCCACAAGAUCAAGAAGAAUGACAAUGCCGUCCGGUUGGGCGUUAUCUCGACCGCGAUGAUCAACCCUGCUGCUAUAAUUCGACCAGCAGACAGUCAUGGGGAUGUGAUUAUAUCCGCGGUCGCGUCCAGGGAUCUGAAGGCAGCGCAAAAGUAUGCCAAGCAGUACGGAAUUCCGAAAGCAUAUGGGUCGUACGAGGAGCUUCUGGUGGAACCGGGCAUCGAUGCGGUCUACAUAUCAUUACCGAAUGGAAUGCAUGCAGCGUGGGCGACAAGGGCAUUGCAAGCGGGGAAGCACGUCCUUCUUGAGAAGCCAUUCACUGCCAACGCUGACGAAGCCAAGGCGCUGGUGGCACUGGCCAAGGAGAAGAAUCUCGUCCUCGUCGAAGCUUUCCACUGGCAAUGGCAUCCUGCGGCUCACACGGUGAAGUCCCUGCUUCAGAGUGGAAAGUACGGCGAGAUCAUACGUACUGAAGCACGCAUGACCACGCCAGUCGGUACCAUGCCCAAGUCCGACAUAAGGUGGAAGUGGGACUUGGCCGGAGGCAGCUUCAUGGAUAUGACAUACGUUGUUUCGGCCACGAGAUAUUUCCUGGAUGCGGGCACGCCGAAGGAGAUUGUAUACGCCAAUGCGAGACCAAUGAAGGAAGACAAGAGGGUUGACGAGGCUAUGGACGCCGUUUUGAAGUUCGAGGUUGGCAACACGGGUAGAGUGGUGGACGCCCGAGUGUGGACCGACAUGGCCAGGCCAAACAUCGGAUGGGUAAUACCGCGGUUGUGGGAGUUGCCCAGUAUCGAGAUCGAAACCGAGAAGGCUGUGAUAUACUUCUACAACUUCAUGAUGCCGCAUCUGUAUCACUAUAUCUCGGUCUACGACAAAGUGUCAAAGGAGACUACCUACCUGAAAGCAUACAAAGGAGGCCCGCUCUGGGGUACCCGUGGUGAGUCGUGGUGGAGUACCUACAGGUGGCAAUUGGAAGCAUUCAUUGACAAGAUCCGAGGCAAAGACCCAGUCCACUGGGUGACCCUGGAGAGCAGUGUAGCCCAGAUGGAGACAAUCGAUGCCGUUUACGAGAAGUCUGGCCUAGGCAAGAGGCAAGGGCACGCUUAAAGUAUGUCAUAUUACCCGGACCAUUUCCUUGUACCUUGUAUCGUUCGUC